AGCAGGGCUUCAUGGAGAACCCCUGUCUUGAGAAACAAAACAAGUAUAGCACUUAUUGGUGCCUUUGUGGAGGUCAGAGAACAACUUAUGGGAGAUAAUUCUCUCCUCUACCAUAUGAAUCCUAGGGAUCCAACUCAAGUCAUCAGGCUUGAAACAAAUGCCUUUUCCUGCUGAGCCAGCUCACUGACCCUAACUUUGCUUUUAGCAGUCAAAUAAUUUCAAUGUCCAGUCCCUUAUAUUCAGGACUUAAGUUUUAUUUAUUUAGUUUUUUGAGACAGGGUUUCUCUGUGUAGCCUUAGCUGUCCUGGAACCCACUCUGUAGACCAGGCUGGCCUCAAACUUGGAGAUCCACCUACCUCUGCCUCCCAGGUGCUAUAAUUAAAGAUGUGCACCACCACUGCCCUGGCAAAAUUUUUUUUCAAGACAAGAGUCAUUCUUUUCCUUCUUAAAGUUCUGGGGAGGAUAGCAUCACACAUGUAGGAUCCAAGUAAAGAUUCAGCAGGAUUGGCUUGGGUUUCCAUAUUAUAGUAAAUGCAUCAAUAUGCUGUUUAAACACUAUGGAAGAAAGAAAUCUUUCUUCCCCUUUCCUCCUUUGUUCCCUCUUUUUCUUCCUCCCUUCCUCCUUUUACACCAAGUUGAGUCUGUCUGGUGUAUCCCCAGCUGGCCUGGGAAUCCUGAACUCCCUGCCUCCAUCUCUCAAUGCUGGGAUUACAGGCAUGCACCACCACACUUGGUAAAGACAGGUUUUCUAUUCUUUAGGAACUUAUUGUAAGAAAUAUUCUGAUCUUUAAAAAAAGAUUUCAUUUAUUUUUAUUUUAUGUGUAUAAGUAUUUGUAGUAUCUGGCAUGUAUGCAGAUACUACAUGUGCAGUGCUUGAAGAGGCCAGAAGAGGGCAUUAGAUCCCCUGGAACUGGAGUUAAGGAUAGUUGUACGCUGCCAUGUGGGUGCUGGGAAUUCAAUCCUGGAAAAGCAAACAGUGCUCUAACCUCUGUGCCAUCUCUCCAGCCCCAGAUUCUAAAUAAAUCUGAGAUGGAGGGACUAGAGCAAGGCCUGUUGAUGCAGCCGUGGGCGUGGCUACAACUUGCUGAGAACUCACUCUUGGCCAAGGCGUCUAUCUCCAAGCAGGGCUAUGCCUUGCUGAUUUCAGAUCUUCAACAGGUGUGGCAUGAACAGGCGGAUACUUUGGUGGUCAGCCAGCGAGCCAAGGAGCUGAACAAGCGCCUAACUGCUCCCCCGUCAGCCUUUCUCCGCCAUCUGGAGGAAGUGCUUGUCCCGUUCUUUAAAGAUCCUGCUCACCCUAGCCAAGCUACCUUCUCCUGUGAUCGGGUAGCAGAGGCACUGAUUCUUCGGGUGCGGAGUGAGCUGUCUGGUCUCCCCUUCAACUGGCAUUUCCAUUGUACUCCAGCUAGUUCUUCACUGGUCUCUCAGCAUUUGAUCCGUCCUCUGAUGGGUAUGAGCCUGGCACUGCAGUGUCAUGGGAAGGAGCUAGCAACAUUGCUUCGGAAGAAGGACCUAGAGAUCCAGGCCUACCAGGAGAGUGGGGCUGUGCUGAGCCGAAGUCGAUUGAAGACAGAGCCAUUUGAAGAAAAUUCUUUCUUGGAACAGUUUAUGGUAGAGAAACUGCCGGAGGCAUGCACCGUUGGUGAUGGAAGGCCAUUUGCCAUGAAUCUGCAGAGUGUGUAUGUGGCAGUCACCAGACAGCAGAUCCAAGCAGGGCAGAAGCGCCGUGGCUCUGGAGAGACUCAGACAUCAUGCAGCACCUCCCCUCAAAGAACUGAUAGCCAGCUUCUGAACCAGCCAGAACAGCCAGCCUCCUCCACUCCAGCCCUCUCAGAGCCUGAACAGGAGCCCACAGGUGCUUCAGGCCCAACGCAGAGACCUCAGCUGGCCAAGUCCAAGAGGAAAAAGCCAAGAGGACUCUUCAGUUAACUUGCCAUGUCUCUGCCACCGAGAAGGGAGCAGAACAGCUUCCCAGCAUAAUCUGGGAAGGAGCUUGCAUGGCAGAGCAUCCCUCGGAUGGAGCUGCAGUCGGAGGCCUAAGUUUAUGUUGACAGGCCACCUGAAUGGGGACUUCCUCACUGGUGGAAGUUUGGCUCUGGCUCCAACUCAUUGGCAUUGGUAUUCCAUAUGGAUUGAAGUCAGCUCCUCAUUCAGUGGCGUUUUCUCUAGAACUCGUACCCUAUGGUGAACUUAGAUUAAAGCAAGUCUGCAAAGAGGCACGUGCCCAAGACACCCAUCUGCUUUUUGUAAGGGCCCCUGGCCAGUCCUACGUGGCUCUUAGAAAAGCGCUCCUCUCCUAACAGAAUAAAGGGCCCACGCUCCCCUGCUGUUGA